UGUGUGAACAUACCCAUGUAUGAGGGGUGCGGUUAUUCUCAUUCUGCUUAUUGUCCACAGGUGAACGUCCCGAAGACCCGGAGGACUUACUGCAAGAAAUGUGGGAAACAUCAGCCCCACAAAGUGACGCAGUACAAGAAGGGAAAAGACUCCCUCUAUGCCCAAGGAAAGAGGCGAUAUGACCGCAAACAAAGUGGUUAUGGUGGACAGACCAAGCCUAUUUUCCGGAAAAAGGCGAAGACCACCAAGAAGAUUGUGCUAAGAUUGGAGUGUGUGGACUCUAACUGUCGCUCCAAGAGGAUGUUGGCCAUUAAGAGAUGUAAGCACUUUGAGCUUGGUGGAGACAAGAAGAGAAAGGGACAAGUCAUCCAGUUUUAAACUCUACCUGUAGACGGCUUGAAAUAAAAUUUUGUCACAACAAACGUUUAAA